ACACGUUCAUCUUCUACAACGACCACGACAGGUCAUGCCCUACCAAUGAUCUUCUUGAUGUCCCGUACGGCUUCUCCUCUUGCGCACAGCUCCAACAUGGACUUGUAUACACCUUCACGGCACAGCCGCCUCCCCUAGCAUCGAUCCCUUCAUCGAGUUCAAUGUCUCGACCAGCGUCUCCAUCCACAUCCUCUGUCGCGCCGGAAUGCCCGAACGGUCUUCUCAACUUUGAUGAGCGAUGCGUCCAGGUCACGGACGCAGAUGAAGAGGUUAGCAUAAGUCGAGCUCCGCAAACUGACUUGGCUUAGAUUCUCGAGCUGUACAUGGACUUGGCAUCCACAUCGUCACCCGAGACUGUCAAAACACACCUUGACGAUCGUGAUGACAGCGAUACAUUUGAGCGAACUCCCGAAGGUCUGGGCUUCAUGGAUGCGUCAAAGUCUGUCCUUGAGCUCUCCUGGGAGCUGUUCCCACCUGGACAUAGUAGCCUCUCCCCAUCCAUCGCUCCCAGACGUCGUAGAGGGACUGUUCGGUCCGAGGCUGUCAAGCCGAUCCAAGUUCAAGUCAACCUUCAACAGGAUCUGGGAUUACUCAAGGCGAGUAAAGGCGAUACAGGGAGUGUACUUUGGCGAAGCUCGUAUUACCUUGCCCACAAUAUCCUGCGUCAGCAUCAUUUUGCCCCGAGUUCAUCCUCCUUGCCCCUGAUCAACGCUGCGACCCUGGCGAAGACUCGUAUUCUGGAGCUUGGAUCUGGGACUGGGCUCUUGGCGAUUGUUCUGCAGAAUCUCUGCGGUCAAUUCACAGCGAGUGAUAGAUGGGAGAACCUCAAGCUUAUCAAGCGUAACCUGGAGCUGAACAAGGUCAAAGCGAGGGAUUUGGACGAAGGAGGUCAGCGAAGUCCCACGAGCCUCAAAUCGACAAGGAAGCCGUCACUCGCGCGGCAUACAAGUCACGAUCGACACAAGUUCCAAGAUGAUUCGAAUGGCGGGUCACAAGCGAAACACGAUCAGAUCCUAUUGGAGGAGAUUGAUUGGCUUGCUAUCUCGCAGGAGAGAAAGUCGGACCAGAAGUCCUCGUCUCAAGCUCAGGCUCGACCUAUGCCUGCUUACGACUUGAUCCUAUGCGUCGACUGCAUAUUCAAUGAACAUCUUGCUCAGCCUCUGGUGGACACCCUGGUCAAGUACUGUCCGAAAGGAGGUCAGACGAUAGUAUGGGUCAUUGUCGAGCUCAGGAGCUCUGACGUGCUGUCAAAGUUUCUAGAGACCUGGUUUAAUGACCCCUCGGGACCUUGGACUAUUGUCCGCUUGUCUCACGCCUCAAUGGGCGACUGGAAUGGGAGACGACCCCGAUGGGUCGGAUGGGUCGGAUGGCGGUAGCUGGUUCAAUGACAGACUACCAACCGAUAUCGGACUGCAUGACUCGUGACACAUCUAUGGGUGGCGGGUCACCUAUGGGUACCCAACAGAUCAGUCUUGGCGCCGCCGCCAAUUUCCCGUCAUCCACCUGGGCUCUGCAUGGCCUCCCUUUCGCCAAUUGGGUGUCAUCCAUCUCGGCUUUGCAUCACCGGAUGUCGUUUCAGCAGUUUGACC